AAGCGUGCUAAACGGGUCCGUUUCCUUUCAAUAAUUUCUCUGAGACGAAUAACAGGACUACCUACCAUCAGCACAUCCCAAUCGAUCUCGAUUCUUCCCUCUUCCCUCUCCCCUUCAAUUUGUUCGAUUGAUUACUGAUUUACUGCAGCACUUCUCUUUGAUGGAUCUCUCUUUCUCUCCGUCUAUCUCUAAACGAAUCAGUCCAUUUUCUCUUUCGACCGCUCCGUCGCCUCUUGGUUCACGGAAUAUAAUAUUUUUACCACACUUCCGCAUCCCUUUUCUCAAAACUACAAUCUCCUCUAAGAACUCACUGGUUUGGCGCCACCAUCGAAUAUACGCUCAGAAUCCUGACUGGACUCUUCAGGAAGUUGAUAAUGGUUUUGUGCUGGAAGAUGUUCCCCAUCUCACAGAUUUUCUCCCUGACUUGCAGUCAUACCCAAAUCCAGUGCAAACGAGUCAAGCCUAUUCCGUUGUUAAGCAAAAUUUUGUAAGUUCAGAAGAUGUUGUGGCACAGAAAAUAGUUGUACAUAAAGGGAGCCCUAGAGGAGUACAUUUUCGGAGAGCUGGGCCUCGAGAAAGGGUAUAUUUCAAGUCGGAGGAAGUGCGUGCCUGUAUUGUUACUUGUGGUGGUUUAUGCCCUGGUAUUAAUACAGUGAUCAGGGAGAUAGUGUGUGGUUUGUAUAAUAUGUAUGGUGUAGAUGAUAUACUUGGGAUUGAGGGUGGAUACAGAGGUUUCUAUUCUAGGAAUACAUGGCAGUUGACAACUAAAGUUGUCAAUCAUAUCCAUAAACGAGGUGGAACCAUUCUCAAAACUUCACGAGGUGGUCAUGAUACUCAAAAGAUAGUUGAUAAUAUACAAGACCGUGGGAUAAAUCAGGUAUACAUUAUUGGUGGUGAUGGCACUCAAAGAGGAGCAGCCGCAAUUUACAAGGAAGUUGAAAAACGUGGUCUCCAAGUAGCAGUAGCUGGAAUUCCAAAAACUAUUGAUAAUGAUAUUGCAGUGAUAGAUAAAUCUUUUGGUUUUGACACUGCUGUUGAAGAAGCACAAAGAGCUAUUAAUGCUGCUCAUGUUGAGGUUGAAAGUGCAGAGAAUGGAGUAGGAAUAGUCAAGCUUAUGGGGCGUUACAGUGGUUUCAUUGCUUUGUUUGCAACUUUAGCUAGCCGUGAUGUGGAUUGUUGCUUAAUUCCUGAGUCACCAUUCUAUCUAGAAGGCAAAGGUGGGCUCUUUGAGUUUGUUGAAAAGCGGCUUAAAGAAAAUGGACAUGUAGUAAUUGUAAUUGCGGAAGGAGCUGGACAAGAUUAUGUUGCGCAAAGCAUGCCUGUAGGAGAGAGGAAAGAUGCAUCUGGAAACAAGUUACUUCUGGAUGUUGGUCCAUGGUUAACUCAAAAGAUCAAGGAUUAUUUCACUGAUGUGGGGAAGAUGGAAAUUAACAUGAAGUACAUAGAUCCAACAUAUAUGAUCCGAGCAGUUCCAAGUAAUGCAUCAGAUAAUGUGUACUGCACACUUCUUGCUCAAAGUGCAGUGCAUGGUGCUAUGGCUGGAUUCACUGGUUUCACAGUUGGACCUGUGAACAGUAGGCAUGCUUACAUACCAAUUUCUAAUGUUACUCAGACUCAGAACAUUGUCAAAGUUACUGACAGGAUGUGGGGAAGACUUCUGUCAUCGACAAACCAACCCAGCUUUUUAAGCAGUAGUGAAGUAAAUGAAGAUGAGUCCCACAAAGUGGUUUCCGAUGACAUCAACAAUGUGAACAUCAAUUCUUAGAUCCUUGUGAGGGGCGGAUAAUAAACAUGGAGAUGAUGCCGGUUUAUUGUGCAUUACAUGUUGUAUGUUUGCAAUUCGAUGAUAUAAUUUUAUCAGGUAAAAUAUCAUAUAUUUUAACCAAAUUAUCCAGACAUAUAUAUGAACACAUUAGUCUUAUUUAGAAAAACUGUGUUGUAGUUGCCACUGUUCUGAAUGUUGAGUUUGUUGUACACAUAUUAAAACUAUUUUGCAAGCAACAAUUGGGGUUCUUUGUUACCAUUAUUGAGUUUUUGAAUGUUAAUAUUAGGAGAUUUUUUUC